AUGGUGUCUUCCAAGGGCGAGCCAACCGACCCCGAGCUGCGCGAGCGGAUCAAAGAAGAGGUUAAGCAGGAGGAGAAGGGUACGUACGCUCCCAAGGUACGACCGUACUCUAUGCAAGCUAAUGCAAAUAUAAGGUGGUGGUAAGGGAAGCUGGUCAGCAUGGAAAGCUGCAGAAUUGUCAAAGCGAUAUGAGGCCGAAGGAGGGGAUUACAAAGACACCGGCGACAACAAGAACAAGGCCAAAAAGGGCGAGCCUGAGAAGAAGUAG